AUGUAUUCGCACUCACGAAGACGAACGUGUUUAGGCCUUUUUGCCGCGGUAGGAGGCGAGCAGUGCGAAAACCCUCCUGAUUUCGUUAUGCUAUCACCGCCACCCAAUGUCACAGGAUAUUUGCACAUAGGACAUGCAUUAACUUUCAGCAUUCAGGACGCUAUUGUUCGAUGGCGGCGAAUGAGCGGUUGUCGUGUUUCAUGGAUACCGGGAACUGAUCAUGCUGGAAUAGGCACGCAGUCAGUAGUAGAACGUAAAUUAUUGAAGGAAAAAAAUUUAACGCGACACGAUUUUAGUAGAGAAGCAUUCGUCGAGGAAAUCUGGAAAUGGCGUUCUCAACAUGGGGAUCGUAUUAUUAGACAAUUGAGACGAUUAGGAGCUUCACUCGAUUGGGAUAAACUGUUCUUUACAAUGGAUGCACCACGUUCUCAAGCUGUUACCAAUGCCUUUUUGAGACUUUAUCAGGAUGGCCUAAUAUAUAGGGAUACGCGCCUGGUUAACUGGUGUUGCGCGCUGGAAACAGUGAUUUCUGAUAUAGAAGUAGAUUAUGAGACGGUCAGCCAGCAGACCACGUUGAAGUUACCAGGACGUGAUAAUGGGGUUGAAUUUGGCGUUUUGCAUAAAGUUGCAUAUCCCGUUGCGGAUGAAUCUACUGAAUUGAAAGAGGUUGUAGUUGCAACCACACGAAUAGAAACAAUACUGGGAGAUGUCGCCGUGGCCGUCCAUCCGGAGGAUCCACGUUACAAGGCUUUACACGGAAAGGAAGUUAUACACCCCUUGCUCAAUAAACGCAUGCCAAUUGUCUGUGAUGCAGAACUUGUUGACUUGGAUUUUGGAACCGGUGUUGUGAAGCUUACGCCUGCCCACGAUCCCAAUGAUUAUAAUUGUGCGCGUAGACACAAUCUUCCGUUAAUUAAUAUAUUCAACAAAAAUGGUACAUUCAAUGAGAACUGUGGAAUUGCAGGCUUAGUUAAUAAAGAUCGGUUUGAUAGUAGGCAGGAAAUUAUUGAUAGACUCGGUACUGUUAACUGUUAUCGAGGCAAAGAUGUAUCACAUGAGAUGAGAAUUGGUCGUUGUUCGCGCACUGGAGAUAUCAUUGAACCUCUCUUGCAACCACAAUGGUAUGUCAGAUGUAAGGAUCUCGCAAACAGAGCCUUGCAGGCUGCGGCUAGUGGUGAGCUCAUUUUUGAGCCCGCAUAUCAUAUAAAGGAAUGGAAUCACUGGCUCGAAAAUAUUCAAGACUGGUGCAUUUCCAGGCAAUUGUGGUGGGGACAUUCCAUUCCUGCGUUUCAGUUGUCAUUUCCCGAAAGCGAUCAUGAUGCUAAGAGUACAUGGAUCGUCGCCAAGUCCAAUGAUGAAGCAGAAGGUCUCGCGAAAACAUAUCUUCGGUCGAAUUUUAUGGAUAUUAGUACGCCUUACAUUCUGAAGCAGGAUGAAGACGUAUUGGAUACUUGGUUUUCGUCUGGAUUGUUACCACUGUCAGCCUUAAAUUGGACUGGGAACGAUGAAUUGCCCGCAAAAUAUCCGACCUCAAUGAUAGAAUCAGGCUUUGAUAUAUUAUUCUUUUGGAUAGCACGAAUGACAAUGCUUUGUACAUAUUUUGCUGGGAAGCCACCUUUUAAGAACGUACUUUUACAUGCUAUGGUACGCGAUGUGCAAGGUCGAAAGAUGUCCAAAUCUUUGGGAAAUGUCAUUGAUCCGCUUGAUGUUAUAGAUGGUAUCACUCUUGGAAAAAUGAAACAAGUGUUAAAUGAAAGCAAUUUGCCUCAUUCCGAAAUCAACAGAAGUGAAACUAUGUUGUCUAAAGAGUAUCCACAAGGAAUUCCAGCCUGCGGAACAGAUGCUUUACGAUUUUCAUUAGUGAAUUUCACAGAACAUACGCGGCAAAUAAACCUUGACAUUUCGCCAAUAUUAGCUGCCAAGCAUUUCGGAAACAAAAUUUGGAAUCUGUUCAAUUUUGCGUUCACAAGAUUUGAAAUUCUGAACUAUAAGACAAACGUCACGACUUCAAGGACUCUGGCGGUAGAUGAGUUAGAAGACAGGCUUUCUCUCGUGGAUCGCUAUGUUUUGUCAAGAUUAGCGGAUACCGUGAGUAGAGCGCAGGAUGCAUUUACAGCCCUUCGAUUACAUGAAGCGACCACUGCAAUAAGAAAUUUUAUUUGGGAAGACUUGUGUGAUAUAUAUCUUGAGUUUGCGAAGCCAGUAUUAUAUGGUACUCAUACGCAGGUUGAAAAGGAGGCCCAAUAUGCGACUUUACGAGUAUUGGACGUAUGCCUGGAUGUCUCGCUUAGGCUGUUGCAUCCAUUUAUGCCAUUUAUCACAGAGGAAUUAUGGCAGAAUUUGGCAAAGAUGACGACGAAUGAAUUGGUACCCAAGUCGUUAAUGCUUGCAAGUUAUCCUGAAACUCAAAACUUUGUCAACUGGAAGAACGUCAAGAUUGAGAAUGAUAUGAAAAGCAUCUUGAGCGUCAUACAUGCAUGCCGCUCGUUGCGACAAAAUAAUCAUAUUCCUAUCAGUCAGCAUUUACCCUUUAUAUUGAGCACAGACGAUGCAAAUGUCCUAAGCGAUGAUGGCCCAAUAAAGAAAUACUUUAACGAUAUACGCAUCUUUGCAAAAGCUUCUCAGCUUAAGUUAAUUGAUUCAAAGGAUGAAAUGAAUGCAACGGAGUUGGAUAAAACUGUGGUUGUCACCUUAACGAAUCCGAAUGUUAAAGUACACAUCCCACUGUCCGAGCUUGUAAGAGCACAGUCUAAUGGAAGGAAUGCUACUGACGAGCAAGUCGACAAACUGAAUAGAACGUUGAAAAAAAUUGAGGGGAAUCUAGAUAAUCUAAAGCAGAAGAUGUCCAAGGCCGAGUAUGAAGACAGGGUUCCGGACAAGAUCAAAGAGCGGGAUAGAAAACUACUGGCCGAAUUAGCGGGAAAGCAACGCGAACUGAUUAGUAACAUUGAACUCAUCAAAAAGUCGUUGUGCGAUACGACAUAA